GUUGAACACAAUGAAGUUUAUAAUUUGUUUGUCACUUACUCUGGCGUUCGCCUCGGCCUUCGUGGUGCCAGAAGUAAAGGAUGGUCUUGGUGGUCGAAUUUCCAAUGGCGACACUGCGAAACCUGAUCAGUUUCCCUAUCAGGUUGGACUACAAUUUUAUAGCGGAACUGAAAAUAACGGUUGGUGCGGUGGUUCCAUAAUUAGCAACAACUGGAUCUUGACAGCGGCUCACUGUACACUUGGAUCAACAUCGGUCACUGUCAAACUUGGUAGCAAUAUACGCACAAAUCCUAGAGUUACACGUACAGCACAGCAAAAGGAUAUUAUCGCCCAUCCUGGCUUUACCUUACAAAAUUUAGAACAUGAUCUGGCUGUAAUCAAAAUUGACCGCAUUGAGUACGCCGAUGAUAUUCAACGUGUUCGCUUGCCUACUAAGGCUUCCUUGUAUUCCGACCUCGUGGGAGAAAAAAUUAUUGUCGCUGGUUGGGGUCUCAAUGCGGGAGGCACACAACCAGUAAAUUUGCAGUAUGCCGAACUGACUGUUAUUUCUAACGCGGUGUGCCAGUACUCUUUCAAUCAAUAUAUUGAUCCAACCAAACUUUGUGUGUCCACACGAGGAGGCGCAGAAUCAACUUGUGAAGGUGACUCUGGUGGUGCUUUAGUUUUGGCCUCGUCGCAUGUGCAAGUUGGUAUUGUGUCAUUCGGCUCUUGGCAGGGUUGCACUGCUCCAGCGCCAGAUGUCUCUACUCGUGUAUCUAGUUACUUGGACUGGAUCAAGGAGACCACUGGUGUCAGUGGUUAGAACUAUAGAGUUGAGUGUAGAAAUUUAAUACACAAUAAAGGCAUAUUUCUUUCAAUAAAA